AUGAACUGCAACUUAUUGAGACUAUUAGCCUUCGGCUUGACUGCCUCACACGUGUCCGCUUCGCUGCGUCCAGGCUCGCAGGUGGUAUUGGACUCGCAAAGUUCUGUUGUGAAUACCUCCCCUGUGCAUUCAGUCAGCGAUGCCAUUCUCACCGCUCUCGACACCUACCCCGAUCCUGUCGAUGCCCUCGUUUCCCUUCGACCAGAGCUCGCCCAAGAGCUAGCCGAGCCACGUCUUCUCCAUGUCUUUGGUCAUGACAUGCCGCAAUGGAUGACCGAGGGUGACAAAUUGCGCCUUCGCCGGAAAGGUCUCAAGUUCAAGGACAUUACCGACUAUCAAGAAGAGGUGGACGUAUCGUGGGCAGGCAAGGCUCACCUUCCCGAGCUCGCCCAUCAAUCACUUGUCAAACCGCUGUUUUCCAAGAUCUCGACUGACAACAUGCGCGACGUGUUGACGCACCUGACUGGUUUCUACAACCGCUAUUACGGCGAUGUCUACGGCGAGCACAGCGCCCAAUGGCUGCACGACCAAAUCGCUGACAUCAUCAAGACGGCGCCUUUUCACACUCAUAUCUCUCUCGAAUACUUCACUCAUCCGUUCCCGCAGUCUUCUAUCAUCGCCCGUUUCGAGCCGAAGGUCCGCAACUCUUCGCUUCCCCAGACAAUCAUCGGAGCGCACCAGGACUCAGCCAACUAUCUCUUCCCCUUGUUACCUGCCCCUGGCGCCGACGACGACGGCUCCGGCACUGUCAGCAUCCUCGAAGCCUUUCGAGUCCUCGCCCAGUCCGGGUUCGUACCUAAGAAUGGGCCUGUCGAGUUCCACUGGUAUGCUGCUGAAGAAGGAGGGCUGCUCGGCAGUCAAGCUAUCGCGCGCGACAAGAAGCAACAAGGUGCUAAGAUCGGCGCGAUGCUCGAGUUUGAUAUGACAGCUUACAUCGCACGAAACUCCUCCGGUGAAUCGAUUGGCAUGAUCAAGACAGAUGCGGACGAUGCGUUGACUGCUUGGGUUAUCUCGUUGAGCAAGGAGUACAUCUCCAUUCCUGCCGCCGUAUAUAGCUUAUCACCGGGAGCUGGCUCCGACUACAUGUCGUUCACCCAGAAUGGAUUUCCGUCCGCAUUCGCAUCCGAGGGCAACCCCUUGGCCAACGAUCGCUUCCCUGGAGACUUUGACCCUUAUGUGCACACCUCCAAGGAUACCCUUGAUGUCGACGAUGAACAUGGCUACUUCUCAUUUGAUGCAACCAUCGCAUUCAUCAUUGAACAGGCUGGCUGGGAUAACACCUGGCGGUAA